AUUCUCCGCAGGCUGCUCUCGUCCAUAAUCUUCAUUCGUGACCGAAAUUCCCGUCGCCAGGAGGUGUCCGCGUACGUGGACUACGCACACAGACUGACAACGGAUGAUUUUGAAACCCACUGCAGUGGGAAGAGGAGACUUUUCCCUCGGAAAACUGACCUGAGCUUUUACAACUGGGAUACAACUGUCAGCACUUCAAAUUCCAGCCCAAAUUACCAAGUGAUUGCAGAAAACGCCCGUGGACUGCUCUUCAGGAACAGAAGUGAUAGGAAAAUCAUUGAUGUGAAUCCCCAGGCCUACCCAGGAGGCACCACGACACGCGUGCCUGUCGAGACAGAUCUCUAUCUCCCUGUUGUCAUCUACGACCACGUCGUCCAAGGAGACACCCGAGGUCCUUCGGUGUGGCUCUUCUCCCAGUGA